AUGGAGGUGAUCAUGGCUAUGGAGUCCGAGAUUCAGAAUGCUAUCCGCUCUCGCCUUUCUCAUUUCAAGCAACAUUCCGAUUCUUUGACUUUUGAAGGGGUUCGUAGAUUGCUUGAGAAAGAUUUAGUCUUGCAGCAAUUUUCAUUGGACCCUCAUAAGACUUUUAUCAACAAUUAUUUGGUCAAGUGCUUAGAAGAGGCUGGUUAUGAUUAUGAUGUCCCAAAGUCGUCAGCGAAGGUGCGGGGAAAAGUUGCAAGUAUACAAGAAACAGAAGAACCAAACAGAGAAUGUCAAUCAAAAGAUGUAGAGGAUAUUUGCCCUGCAGGUGGCAAGAAAGCAAAAAACUUGCAACGACGAGUUAAAUUUGCAACUGGAGAAAAGGAAGCUAAGGACUAUGGAGGAAAGGUAGUUCAAAGGGAGGCACGGAUUAAGAAAGCUGUUACCAAAAGGUCUUCCUUCAUCAAGGCUAAUUCUGAGAUUAUUACAAUGGCUGUUCUUUGUCGGCUAUUGGAGGAAGAUCUUCAACUUGAUAAAUUUACUCUUGAUCCAUAUAGGAAGUUUAUAAAUCAACAGGUUGAUGAGGUAUUAGAGUCUUCUGAAGUUGUGGAACCUUCAAACAAUGGCAAGAAAAGUAGUGUGAAGAAGCCUGAUCCCAAAGUAACAAAAAAGGCCAGCUGCGAAGAGAAUUUGGAUGCUUCAAAUAAGGAGAGUGGCAACAGAGAUGAAGUAAAGCCUAGAAAAGAAGGUGGUUCAAAGGCCAAGCUGCAAGCUUCUGUUGGAGCUAAAAAGCUUAAAAGGAAGGAUACGGAUCAAUCAAGUAGGAAAAAAAUCAAGUCUGUUAAAUCUGCUUCGAGGGAUGAUAAUGGUAGAGAAGACAAUGGAGACAACUCUAAAGAUCAGCCUCAUUCAUCACCAGAAGCUCAACAGGUUCAACCGCUUUUCUAUUGA